CUAUGCAGUUCAUUCCAUUUUCUGCUAGCUGGCUAGCUGUGGGAACGUAACCCACGUCUAGUCUUGAAAACUCGGAAUUUCUUCUUCUUGAAGUGCAUAGAGCUGUAAAUAUUGCUUAUGAUUGCAGAUGUUAUAAGCCUUUGAAUGACACAUCGGCUGUGGUGAGAUAAUGGAAGUUGCAAGGACCUCACAAGACAGGAGUCAGGCCGCAGAUGCUGCAAAAGGUGGCGUCAGUCAAGAGAUCAAAACACAUUUUCGAGUCUGCCGCUUCAUCAUUGAAACUGGUGUGAAGUUGGGCAUGCGGUCCAUGCCUGUUUCCACAGCAUGUGCCCUGUACCACAAGUUCUUUAAGACAGCCAGUCUCGAGGUGUACGAGCCAUACCUGGUUGCCAUGUCUUCCAUUUACCUGGCUGGAAAAGUCGAGGAACAACAUCUAAGAACUCGAGAUAUCAUCAAUGUCUGUCACAGGUUCUUCCGCCCUGGUACCGAGCCCAUGGAGCUGGAUGGGAAGUUCUGGGAGCUGAGGGACAGUGUGGUCCAGUGUGAGCUGCUCAUCCUGCGACAGCUAAACUUCCAAGUGGCAUUUGAGCACCCUCAUAAAUAUCUGCUACAUUACUUAGUGUCUGUGAGAAAUCUCGUAAAUCGCCAUGCCUGGGCGCGUGCCCCCAUUGCUGAAACAGCCUGGGCUCUACUCAAAGACUGUUACCACGGAUCGAUUUGUGUGCGGCACCCGCCCCAACACCUCGCCCUCGCUGUCCUCUACUUGGCCGUUCAGAGCUACGGAUUGGAGAUGCCCUCAGGGGAGCUGGAGUGGUGGCAGGCCUUGUGUGAUGACAUCAGUGGAAAAGAAAUUGAGGACAUCAUGUCAGAACUACUGAAGCUUUACGACAUGGAGGCCAAAUGCAUGUAAAGAACAAGGAUUACAGCCUCUAUCUUCUGGAGGAAAAUACUACAGUGACAGGGUAUUACACUGAACAUUGGUUAUAAUGUGAAACACCUUUGAUACAUUCUGUCACCCCUACCUGAGAGGCAUAUUUACUGAAAACACCACAUCUCAGCAAGUUCUGAUGUGAAUGUGAUAUUGCUGUAAUCACAACCAGGACAUCUGUCCACCGUGCUGAAAUUUCCAGGACAUUAUCUCAUGUUUCUGUCGGUGGAGUAAUACAUUAUGGAGCACAUCGCUGCCUCUUCAGCCACAGAAGGAGCGGAUCUGGGAUGCAGCCCCUCAGUCUCCCAGCUCCAGUGCCCCACUUUCCUCCCCUUACCUUGUGCCAUUAACUCUAUAUAGUCCAUGACGGGUGGGAGAAGGAGGAGGGAGAAGUGUGUGUUUGUGGAGGGGAGUGUUUGGGCUGUUUGCUGGGCUUGUGUCUUGUGUAUGGACAGCCAGGGGAGCAAAGAAAGAAAGUAUUGCUGGGUUGAAUCAGGCUCUCCUCAGAGCUGGUUGGAGAUUUAAAGGUACAAGAGACUGAAUCUGGGACAGCUCUUUGAUAGAUCUUUAGUUAAUUACUCUCAGCCUAGUCCCAUUAGACCGAGUCCCGGCAGGCUCCUAGGUUUCCGUUAGGAUGUAUGACACUGAAGUAGAAUCCUCAUGCUGUUCUGGAAUUUCACUGCUGAGUAUAACUGUUCCAUUCCUCCUCUCCAUAGUAUUGGUCCAAAAGGACCAAAACACAGAAACAUGUGAGCUUCCUUCUUGAACUCUGUCUGCUCUGGUCAUUACAACUCCAUGUAAAAUAGUUUAUAUUGUAAAAUAAAUAAUUGUAUGAUUAAAUAA